GCCGCAGCGCCAGCGUUCUCCCCGGAUCGUGCGGGGCCUGAGCCUCUCCGCCGGCGCAGGCUCCGCUCGCGCCAGCUUGCUCCCGCCGCCAUGUCUGCCACCGUCGAGCGGGAGUUUGAGGAGUUGGAUGCUGAGAAUCGCUGGCAGCAGCUGUACUUGGAAAUUCGCAAUGAGUCCCAUGACUAUCCUCAUAGAGUGGCCAAGUUUCCAGAAAACAGAAAUCGAAACAGAUACAGAGAUGUAAGCCCAUAUGAUCACAGUCGUGUUAAACUGCAAAAUGCUGAAAAUGAUUAUAUUAAUGCCAGUUUAGUUGACAUAGAAGAGGCGAAAAGGAGUUACAUCUUAACACAGGGUCCACUUCCUAAUACAGGUUGCCAUUUCUGGCUCAUGGUUUGGCAGCAAAAGACCAAGGCAGUUGUCAUGCUAAACCGAGUUGUGGAGAAGGAAUCGGUUAAAUGUGCACAGUACUGGCCAACAAAAGAUGACCGAGAGAUGCUAUUUAAAGAAACAGGAUUCAGUGUGAAGUUCUUGUCAGAAGAUGUGAAGUCAUAUUAUACAGUACAUCUACUGCAGUUAGAAAAUAUCAAUAGUGGUGAAACCAGAACAAUAUCUCACUUUCAUUAUACUACCUGGCCAGAUUUUGGAGUCCCUGAAUCACCAGCUUCAUUUCUCAAUUUCUUAUUUAAAGUGAGAGAAUCUGGUUCCCUGAAUCCUGAACAUGGGCCUGCAGUGAUCCACUGUAGUGCAGGCAUUGGGCGGUCAGGCACCUUUUCUCUAGUAGAUACCUGUCUUGUUCUGAUGGAAAAAGGAGAUGAUAUUAACAUUAAACAACUGUUACUGAAUAUGAGAAAAUAUCGAAUGGGACUUAUUCAGACACCAGACCAACUCAGAUUCUCAUAUAUGACUAUAAUAGAAGGAGCAAAAUUUAUAAAGGGAGAUUCAAAUAUACAGAAACGGUGGAAAGAACUCUCUAAGGAAGACUUAUGUCCUGCUUUUGAUCAUUCACCAACCAAAAUAAUGACUGAAAAAUACAAUGGGAAUAGGAUAGGCCUAGAAGAAGAAAAACUGACAGGUGACAGAUACACAGGACUAUCCUCUAAAAUGCAGGAUACCAUGGAGGAGAACAGCGAGAGCAUUCUACGGAAACGUAUUCGAGAGGACAGAAAAGCUAACACGGCUCAGAAGGUGCAGCAGAUGAAACAGAGGCUAAAUGAGACUGAACGAAAAAGGAAAAGGUGGUUAUAUUGGCAACCUAUUCUCACUAAGAUGGGGUUUGUGUCAGUCAUUUUGGUGGGUGCUUUUGUUGGCUGGACACUGUUGUUUCAGCAGAAUGUCCUAUAAAUAACAGUUCUGCCCCGCAAGCUCCCGCACUAAUAGCUGACAGUGUUGCGUUAGUCACAAGGGUUUGUCUGUUAGCAAACUCCUCACACCCCAGAAAUGGUGCGGUAGAAUAGACACCAACCAGACAAGUGAUAUAUUCAGUCCCCAGCCCAACAUCUCAGGACACUGUCCCCAAACUGUAAACAGCUAUCUGAAAUAAAGACUUGAAUGCUUGUUGAAAACUGGUACAUUUUGCAACUGUAUUCG